AUGUCUCCUCUACCGAGCAAGGACAAGAGAGACGGAAACAGUGUGUACACGAUUGAUCCGUACCGGCUGUUCGAUUCACGUCCGACCUUCUCACACGUCACUUCGUCCACAGGACCAUGCCGGAUUGUCUCAACGGCCGGGCAGGUCGGGGCAGAUCGCAACGGAGUUGUCCCUCAAGACAUCGACCAGCAAAUAGCACUGGCGUUCCAAAACCUGGCGCGUUGUCUCGAGGCAGCAGGUGCCAAAGUCACAGAUAUCUUCAAGCUAGUCUACUAUAUCGUGGACUACGAUCCGGCGAAGCGACGACAUACGAAGCAUCUCGAGCGGUUUCUGGACGGGCACAGGCCAGCGACAACGUUGGUUCCCGUACCGGCACUGGCGAGGCCGGAGUAUAAGUUCGAGAUCGAGGCCUACGCUGCAGUCAGACAGGACCCGAUGCGGACGGUCGACGUGGUCGUCGCGGGUGCGGGACUGAGCGGGCUCAAAGCCGCCUACGACCUGCAACAGGCCGGGGUGUCCUGUGUGGUUGUCGAGGCACGCGACCGGGUGGGCGGCAAGACGUGGUCUGUCCAGCCUGCAGGACAGGAGGGCAGUGGGAAGAUCGUCGACCUCGGCGCCGCCUGGAUCAACGACAGCAACCAGGCGAAAGUGUACGCGCUGGCCAAGUCGCUCGGGCUGGACCUCGUCGUGCAGAACACCGUCGGAGAUAUCAUCCAGGAAGACGUUGACGGCAGACUAGGCUUGUUCCCGUACGGCGGCACACCGACGAAGCUGGCAGAGCCCAAUGGGGUCGAGGGUCUGGUUUAUAUCCGCGACUUGGCUGAGAAGCUGUGUCAGCAGCUAGACAUCCACGACCCGGUUGGCACAGGCGGCGGUUUGGACGACAUGACCCUCGAGGAGUGGUGUAAGGCGAACAGCACCUCUAGUAGUGCGCUUGCAUCCGUUACGUUGUGGACAAGGGCUCUGCUAGGUCUGGAACCCUCGGAAUUGAGCGCAUUGUUCUUCCUCGACUAUUGCAAGAGCGGCGGCGGCUUGUUGCAGCUCAGGUCGGAUUUCAAGCAUGGAGGCCAACACCUUCGGUUUGUCAAAGGCACUCAAUCCAUGUCUCUUGGUCUAGCGGAGCUGCUGCACCCAGGAUCCGUCGUGCUGGAUUCACCCGUGCGCCGGAUCUCGCAGACUCCCGAGGGUAUCUUUGUGUCUGCCGGGCGUGGAGAGUUCCAGUGUCGCCGGGUCAUCGUGUCCGUCCCGACAGUGCUGUACAAGGAGAUAGCAUUCGACCCGCCUUUGCCGCCGGCCAAGGUCGAGCUGGGCCAGAAAAAUGUCCACGGCUACACACUUAAGGUGAUGGUGAGCUACACCGAGCCCUGGUGGCGUAAGAAAGGCCUGUCCGGUGCGACCAUGUCGUUCCGCGGCCCCAUCACGACCAGCCGCGACUCGAGUACCGACGGCACAGGCCAGUUCUCGCUGACGUGCUUCACCAACGGCGCAUUCGGGCGCAAGGUGUCACUGCUGCCGCAGCGCGAACGGUUCGACGCUAUCCUGGCCCAUAUUAAGCGCACAUAUGGCCCGUAUAUGGAUGGCGGGGUUCCAGACCCGAUCGCGGUCACGGAACACGAGUGGUACAAGGACCAGUGGGCGCAAGGAUGUCCUUGUCCUGCGUCGCCGCCGGGGAUCAUGACCGGCUGUCAUCAUGCACUGCGUACGCCGCAUGGAAAGGUUCAUUUUGUCGGCACCGAGACUGCGUAUGAGUGGAAGGGAUACAUGGAGGGAGCUGUGCGGUCGGGCGAGAGAGGCGCGAAGGAGGUCAUUGAGGCUUUGGGGAGGGCUAAGCUGUAG